GACAGUAUUUCGAGACCCUCGCAAACGAACCGAUACGUGGCACGUACCCAAAAAAAAAGAAAAGAGAACUCGCGGCUCGAACUCGAAGUGAACCGAUUAACGAUACAGCGAAAAGAAAUCAAAACAAAAAGUGAUCAUGUGUAAUAUUGUGAUUUUAACCGUUGCCACUUUGGCCCUGAUCUCCGGCCAGGCUUUUGGCCAAGCGACCACAGCUCCUCAGAAUUGCAGCGCAGUCACCGAGAGUUUGGAUUGGAAUAACACCGCACUUGUGGGCAACUGGUUGGAGUUGGCUCGUCAUCCUGGCAACAGUCUCGAUGCCUGCAUGGAGUUCUCCAUUGAUUUGCUGAGCAAUGGCACAAUUCUCACCUUCAACUCAACUCACUCGAGCAGCAACUCUUCGCUCUACCAGAACGUGAACGAGCCCAAUGUGAAUGUCACUCUGGUCGAAGGCGCCAAGACUGGCUACGAGGUCAAAUUCAACUCGACAAACACUGUCUUCAUCAAGCUGCUGCAGCUGUACAACAACAACAACUACGUCAUCGGUUGUGGCUAUACCAACUCGUCAGACAACUCAACCAGCUAUGGCUUCAUUCUGGGUCGUGCCAGCACCUACAACACCACAGGUCUGCAGGAUGCCAACAACAAUGCCAGUGCCAGUUAUGCCAACUUCCAGGCCAACAACUUCACCACCAUCCUCCAAACUGGUUGCACCAGAAACUCGGCAUCCCAGUCGCUGCCUCUGAUAUCUGGUUUCCUUGCUUUGGCUCUGCUGUUGAUCAAGGCGCAUUAAAGAAGAUAAAAUGAUUAACUUGUUAAUAGUAGUCUGCUUGCCGACUUUUAUUUAGUUUUUAGUGUGUAUUUAAAAACGAGAGAAAACUGUGUCACAAUAAACAAAGCAAACCAAACAAAAC